GCAGCGGGCAAGUAAAACCAGCAAGCGAAAAUACAAGAAAAGAUAGCGAGGAGAAGAAGGCAGCAGCAAGUAGUAGAGGAAGAGGCGCCCGAAUACCACGGUGCCUCCGCCUCGACCGCCCCCCGGGCUCCGACGCCCUUCCUCACCACCGUGCCUUGCUCCUCCUCCUGCUGCUGCGCUCCGCCGCGGAGCCCUAGGCGGAGCUGCGGACCCCGUGACCCCCCGCGGCACCGCCCCGGAGCUCGGCGGAGGCGGCGGGCACGUCCUCCUCAUGCCUUUGGCGCCCCGGUCGGAGCCGAUCGGUGGCCGCCUGAGGAGACGCAGCAGCUCGGCGGGCGCCGGCGGAGAGGCGGCGGGCACGUCCUCCUCAUGCCUUUGGCGCCCCGGUCGGAGCCGAUCGGUGGCCGCCUGAGGAGACGCAGCAGCUCGGCGGGCGCCGGCGGAGAGGCGGCGGGCGCGGAGGUGGAGGCGGAGGCGGAGGAGGAGGAAGGGGAGAAUGGCGCUCUUCCGCAAGUUCUUCCUCAAGAAGACCCCGGAUCGGCUGCUCGAGAUCUCCGAGAACGUCUACGUGUUUGACUGUUGCUUCUCGACUGAUUCCAUGGGUGAGGAUGAGUAUCGGGAUUACUUGAGUGGCAUUGUCGCGCAAUUGCAGGAAUUUUUUCCGGACACAUCACUUAUGGCAUCCAAUUUUUGGUCUGGGGACAAAAGAAGCCGGAUAUCAGAUAUUUUAUCUGAGUAUGACAUGACAGUAAUGGACUACCCACAACAGUAUGAAGGAUGUCCGUUGCUUCAGCUCGAGAUGAUCCACCAUUUCUUGAAAUCAUGUGAAAAUUGGCUAUCAGUGGAAGGACAACAUAACAUGCUUUUGAUGCAUUGCGAGAGAGGGGGUUGGCCAGUGCUUGCAUUCAUGUUGGCCGGACUGCUUUUGUAUCGCAAAAUAUAUACUGGCGAGCAGAGGACACUAGAAAUGGUCUACAAGCAGGCUCGCAGGGACUUUAUACAGCAGUUCUUUCCCUUGAAUCCCCAGCCUUCACAUUUGAGAUAUCUGCACUAUAUAACAAGACAAGGAGGUGGUUCAGAAUGGCCUCCUAUUAGCAGACCCCUCAUCUUGGAUUCAAUAGUUCUCCAUGUUGUUCCGCGGUUUGACACAGAUGGUGGUUGUAGGCCAUACUUGAUUGUACAUGGGCAAGACUCAAGUCCUGGUAACAAGAGUGCAAAGGUCCUUUAUGAGAUGCCAAAAACAAAGAAGCACCUUCAGCGUUAUGGACAGGCAGAGGUUCCCAUAAAAUUAAGUGUGUCCUGCCAUGUUCAUGGAGAUGUGGUACUUGAAUUCAUCCAUAUUGGCGAUAAUAUAGAGAAUAAGGAAACAAUGUUCCGGGUCAUGUUCAACACUGCAUUCGUUCAAUCAAACAUCCUUGAACUGAAUCGUGAUGAUAUUGAUGUUGCUUGGAAUGUGAAUAAUCAGUUCCCAAGGGACUUUCGAGCUGAGGUACACUUUUCAGACCCUGUUUCAUUUAAGCCUGCUGCUACCAUCGAGGAGGUAGCUGAUGAUGGAGACGAGACUGAUGUUGCUUCGGUAGACACAGGAGAGGAGUUUUAUGAAGCAGAGGAGUAUUGGCAUGAUGCUAGAAAAGACCCAGCAACUCAUUCAAUUGAUGGUGGAAUAUCAUUAAAUGACAUUGCAGAAUUUGAUGGUGGGGCAACAACUGAAGAAAGGAGCAGCCUAGAGAAGCACCGAUCUGAUGAGGGUGUGAAGAUUGCUGUCUCCCAGAAUUUUGGUAGUAUGAAUGAAAAAGUGGCAAUUGCACCUACCUCAAGUUUUGAGAAUCAAGAAGGAUUGCAGCAGCCUCGUGAAGUUCUUCCAAAUGCUAAACUAAGCAAAAAUAAUGAUCAAGAGAACAGUGAUGUGCAUGAUAUACAGGUGGUUGCUACAUCUGUUGAUUCAGAGGGACACAAGUUUGGAUCUACCGGUCAGGAGGACACGAAAGGUGUAAUUGCACAAACUUUAGUCACGACAGUCGAUCUAAGUGGCAGUGAUGGAAUUCACUGCCAGACUGAUGAACAAACAAAAAUGUCAGAAUACCCUGAUUUGGACUACACUGCUUUUGGCUCUCCUAGAAGUUUGUCACGUACAGAUGGGGAUGCCCACAUGAGAACUAAGAAAAAUGAAGGGUUGCAGAAUGGUGAUAUUAAGAUUAUCACUGAGAACACAAUAAGUGUGGACAACGAGCUAGUGAUCUAUGAAGAGAAAACUAUAGUUGUCAAUGGUAAUGCAAUACAGGUAGUAAAAAACGUUGUCAAUGAAGAGAGCAUCGCGGCUAAGAUAGGCAAACCAAUUACUGAGAGUAGGACCUCAUUGGACAAUGACAAUGGCAAGAUUCAAACUGCUAAACCUUCUGAUAUAGCCAAUGGCAAAUUGGAUGGGUGUAGAUUAGAAUCUUGCCUUGAAACCGUGCCUACCAAGAAAACCACUGUCCAUGACAGAAUUGUUGUCUUACCAGCCACUGGAGUAGCAACUGAGAUAAAAGCCAAGCAAGAGGUGCUUGUUGACAAACAGGAUUUUGGUAUAGUUCUUCCUCAAAGUCGAACAGUAGCCAGGGCUAGGAGUCCGAGGCUUGGAAGUGAUGACCGAGGGCAAAUCCCUGAUAAAGCUGUGUUAUCAGUAUUGAAGGAGAUGGUAGUAGGCAAUGCAAAGAUGGAAGAUCAACCAAAGCUUGCCAAACCAAAAAUAAUGCGUAGAUGGAUCUCACCAAAGAAGGAAUCUGACGCUACCUCUGUGCGCAGACCAUCUCACCCUCCAUCUAGAUACUACAGUUCACCAGCUGCACUAGGUAUUCGAUCCAUAUCUACAGAUGGUAAAAUCAGCGUUGUGAAUGAUGCACCUUUAUUAUCACUAAAACAACCAUAUGGCAGCAACUUGACACGAGAAGCAACAUCUGCACAGUCUGCUCCAUCGCCUCCACAAAAAUCCUUGUUACUAGGUGCACAAAGUGCAUCAAGAAGCCAGGUUUCUCCACCGCCACCGCCUCCACCUCCACCUGCAACCAACUAUUCUUCAAGUUCUACGCCUAUGCACAUGGGGUUAGCUUCAACAGGUUUGUCAAACUUACCUCAAGGUGCUUCUCCACCUAGGUCACCGGUAGCACAAAAACAUGCAUUUGCCCCUCCCGCUCCUCCCCCGCCCCCACCUCCACCCCCGAGGUCAGGUGUAGGUGGAAAUACUCCACCUCCGCCUCCUCCAAGGCUAAAUAACAGUGCAAUCGCUCCACCGCCACCCCCAUCCACCAUAACACGAUCAAGUGCUCCUCCUCCACCACCACCACCACAAUCAAUGUCACGUUCUGCUCCUCCGCCACCUCCGCCGCCACCACCAUCAUUGUGUUCUAAUGUUCCAUUGCCACCUCUUUCAUGCACACUUUCUGCUCCACCUCCUCCGCCGCCACCACCACUACCUUCUAUGGCACGUUCAGCAGCACCAUCUCCCCCGCCACCUCCUCCUAGCCGAGGAGCACCCCCACCCCUUCCCCUUGGUCGAGGAGCACCUCCACCCCCACCCCCACCACCACCACCUGGCCGAGGAGCACCCCCACCCCCACCUCCUCCUGGCCGGGGAGCAUCCCUGCCCCCACCUCCUCCCCCUAGCCGAGGAGCACCCCCGCCCCCACCUCCUCCUGUUUCACGUGCAGGACCUCCACCACCUCCGCCUCCUCCAGGUGCUCGCUGUGGACCUCCACCUCCUCCACCCCCUCCAGGUGCAAGUGCUCCACCUCCACCUCCUCCUCCAGGUGCACGGCCAGGAGCUCCACCACCACCGCCUCCUCUAGGAGCGCGGCCAGGAGCUCCACCUCCCCCACCCCCACCUGGAGGUGGUGGAAGAGGACCUCUACCACCUCGUGCACCAGGUGUGCCAACUCCACCUAGAGCACCAGGUGUACCGCUACCACCAGGAAGUAAUCCAUCAUUAGGCAGAGGACGUGGGGCUGUACGCCCUAUGGGAUCAGCUAUUGGGGCUGCUGCCUCACGCAAGUCAACUUUGAAGCCAUUGCACUGGGUCAAAGUGACAAGGGCCCUUCAAGGUAGUCUUUGGGAAGAAUUGCAGCGCAACACUGACUCGCAGAGCGUUUCAGAGUUCGAUGUAUCAGAACUUGAGAGCCUUUUUCCUGCAGCUGUUCCAAAGUCUGAUGACAGCUCAAAAUCUGAACGUAGAAAAUCACUUGGAUCAAAACCAGAAAAAGUGCAUCUAAUUGAGUUGAGGAGGGCAAAUAACACAGAGAUCAUGCUGACAAAAGUUAAAAUGCCACUCUCGGAUUUGGUGAGUGCAGCUCUCACGCUAGAUCAAUCUACCUUGGAUGUUGAUCAAGUGGAGAAUCUCAUAAAGUUCUGUCCUACGAAAGAAGAAAUGGAACUUCUCAAGAAUUACACUGGAGACAAACAGAUUCUUGGGAAAUGUGAACAGUUCUUCUUAGAAUUGAUGAAAGUGCCUAGAAUGGAGUCGAAACUGCGAGUAUUCUCCUUCAAGAUCCAGUUUGGUUCACAAGUUGCUGAUCUGAGAAGAAACUUGGAUAUCAUAGACUCUUCUUGUAAUGAGAUCCGAACUUCUCUCAAGUUGAAAGAAAUAAUGAAGAAAAUCCUUCUCCUUGGAAAUACUCUGAACCAGGGAACUGCUAGAGAGUACUACUUCCACUUAACAUGAUAAAUGCCAGACUCAAGUAGGACUGUUCUGUGGUUUGUAAACCAUAGCUCUAUCUUUCCUGAACUUCAGGAUGUCAUGGCAUAAUGCUAUGUUACAUAGCCAGUGCAUGUUCUCCAUCUUCUACUCGAUCAACAGGUGUACAAUGUUUCAGUUUAAACCUGUAUACUCGUCACCAAUGUCUUUAACCAAUAUUGUUGUCUUUAUGCAUGCGACCAAGAAGUUGAAUAGAAUCGAAGACUCAAUACACAAUGAACUGUAUUUUGCAUGAAGAUGGUCAGAUGUUCCGUGAGUGUUGUAUGGGAUAGGGGCUGCGGUUGGCUUCCGGUUGGACAGUCUUCUAAAACUUACAGACACCCGAGCAACAAAUAAUAAGAUGACACUAAUGCACUACCUCUGUAAGGUACUUGCUGCAAGAUCUCCACAGCUUUUAAACUUCUAUGCGGAUCUUGUUAGCUUAGACGCCGCAUCAAAGAUACAACUAAAAAUGUUGGCCGAGGAAAUGCAAGCAGUUAGUAAAGGGCUGGAAAAGGUUCAGCUUGAGUAUGAUGCUUCAGAAAGGGAUGGUCCAGUAUCCAAAAUUUUUCGUGAGAAACUGAAAGAGUUCACCGACAAUGCUGGAUCUGAUGUGCAGUCGUUAUCUUCAUUGUUUUCUGAAGUGGGUAAAAAGGCUGACGCGUUGAUCAAGUAUUUUGGCGAGGAUCCUGUCCGUUGCCCCUUCGAACAAGUGAUCUCCACCCUCUUAACUUUUGUAACAACAUUUCGAAAAGCACAUGAGGAGAACCUGAAGCAAGCUGAACUUGAGAAGAAAAAAGCUGAAAAAGAGGCAGAAGCAGAGAAGGCCAAAAACGCACAAUUAACUGGCAAAAAUCACUCUAAAUCAUCAAAUCCAAGCCGACAAGCUAAGCAAGCCAUAGAGAGGACAAGAUCUGUAAGCAGACGAGGAAGAGAUGCUGGGUGAUUAUCCCGAAUGGCCGGCUAUUGUGGCUGUGCUUCUGAUCUGCUUGCGAGGCAAAUGAACGACCGCAUGAUGCAUUUCUGGCAAGGGGAGUUUCGUGGACGGACGCCGUGGCAUCCGUCGGGUGCAGCGCGAUCGCAUCAAAGAAACUUUACAUGAUACCAGCUGCGGACUCUCACUGGAGAAUGCCGGCUUCUUUUUUUAUCCAUAUCGUCCAUCAGGGUCCAGUGCUAACUUCUGACUGCUGUAAAGAGCGAAUGCGUCGUCACACCCAGCGUAGCCAAUUCAUCAGGGAUCUGGAGGAGGCCAGAAAGGACGAAGCGGCGGCGGUGCCGUGUCCUACGGUCCUACCUGUCAGUUGCCGCGGUGUCCUCCUGUCCUGAUCCACGUCGCCGCCACUGACAGACUCCUCUCUCACCGUGGCACGAAUUGAUGAGCCACGAAUUGAGGAUUGAUCAAGGUCUUGGCAUCAACAAAGCUGCCAGCGGUUUUUCAGCUUCAUUUUAGUUUGUUUAUAUAGAUCUGUGCCUUGAUCGAGGUAGGACGAUUCCUAGUUAGGCUUUGUUCGUUUACACCAAUCCCGCUCUGGAUUAGCAUGGAUUGGAAUUAAAUCCAUACCUCAAUCCAUGCCCCAAAAUAAUCCAUGACUACUUAAUUUUUUUUGUUCGGUUAAACCCAUCAUGGAAUAUAAACCAAAGGUUUAGGAAUUUUUUAAACUAUGGAA